AUGGGUGAAGAUGAGAAGAGUCAGGAUUACCUGUCAAAGGUUGAAGCUCUGAUGAGAGAAUACCCAGCUCCACCUGAGGAAGAGCUCCACCCAGAGGUCUGUGCUGAGAAGGCCUGGACCCUGAUGAAGUUUGACAAACAGAAGAAGCUGCAGGCUGCAGAGCUCUUCCAGAGAGCUGUGAGGAUGCAGCCAGACAACGUGGAAUGGGAGACCAGCUGGGCCAUAUUAUCAGCAGGUCCCUUCAAAGCUUACAUGAAAGACAUGACUCCUGAUGUCUUGGAAAAAGUUAAAUCUGCCUCAGAAAGAGAUCCAGAAAACUUAUAUGUUGCUGCUCUUUAUCUGGAUGCACAAGGUGCAAAGGGAGAACAAAUUCAGGAUGAAGCAAAUGAUUUAGCUAUAAGAAUUCUUGAAAAGCCAAUGCACAACUACUGUGGGAUCAGCCUGCUAAUGAAGCUGUAUACAGAGUACAUAUCUGUAGACGAAGCCAUUGAAAUAGCCGAUGAGGUCUUGAAGAGACAUCCUGAUUCACGUUUUGUAAAGAGGUCUGCUGCAAAAUGCUACACAAAGAAAAUAUUUUCUCGGCGAUGCAAUCCUGAUCCCAGAAUAAUUGAUAAAGCAAUCCGUCUGUGGAAAGAAGUGAUUGAUGCUUAUCCUGAUUGUUCCCUGAAAGAAAAAAUAUCUCUUGCUGCCAUCUAUUCAAUGGUAGACAUAGAGAAAGCUGACCAGAUUUACACAGAGCUGCUGGACAGAGAAGAUCUGGAUCCAGCAGAAAAACAGAUGCUUUACAAAUAUUAUGCCGACUAUUUAUACUUCAAUAGGAAUGAUACAUAUAGGUCUAUUGAAUACCACAUGAUGGCAGUAGAGAUUCAAGAAGAAUCUGUUUAUAGACAGUUUAGCAUUAAUAAACUGAAGAAGACCUUAGAAAGAACCAGGGACCCUGAAAUACAGAGAAGGAUCACAGAGUUCCUGACAUCCCUGGGAAUAAAUCAGUGAAUAAACCUGAAACCGUCUGAAAUCCUAAUGAUGAUCAUAGAAAAUAAUAGUGAUGUUUUGUAACAGACAUGACUCUGAUCAUGAGUGAUACUGGCCACUGGCUACUAAUACAAAAAAAAAUGUAAACAGCGAAAAAUACAUCAAAAUAGCUAAGGAAGACACCGAAGUGCCAAAUGAAGUAUGUUAAUUCAGCUUUGAUGCAUUUUCCUUUAUCUGGUAAAAAGUUAUAUUAAUAUAGACACAGAAAAGGGAAAUGACAUGUGAACCCUAUAGUUUUUCCUUAAAUAAUAUGUUUCUUUAAACUCUCAGACCACUCAGCUCCUCUAGUUCAACCCUUCUCUGUGCACCCACAACUAGAACCAAACAUGGAGAAGCAGCAUUUAGUUCCUAAGCUCCACCUAUCUGGAAAAAAAACCCCAGAAGACUGUAAAAGUGCUAAAAGCCUGAGUUCUUUUAAGUUAAAGUUAAAAACCUAUUUGUUUAUUCAGGUAUCAUUAGAUUAAGUUUGUGGUCCAAGCUUUUUAUUUGUGUUACU